AUGAUGCAUGAAGAUGUUGAUGAUGAAGAAGAGGAAGUGAUUCUUGAUCGACGAACAUUAAUUCAUCAAGCCAAUGAUUCAAAUUCAUUAAGUAAUUCGGGCCCAAUACUUCUUGGUGUUAAUCGAUUUAAUAUAAAAGUCUAUGAUAAUCCUAUUAAAUUAUCUCAAGCAAAAACUAUUCUCUUAGCAGCAACAUCAAUAUCAAUUGGUAUGUUUACUGGAUUAUUAGGACCAACAUUUCCAUUUCUUGCACAACGCAUGCCAGCUGAUUUAUCAGCAAUUAUAUGGUUAAUUCCUAUGAAAGCAAUUGGUUUUCUUAUUGGAACUCUUUUAAGUGCUUACCUUUAUACAUGGUUUAAUGUAUGUUGUUUACUUGGUCUAUCAUGUUUAGCAAUCAGUUUUGGUGUUUGUUCUCUUCCACUUAUAACUGAUUUAGCAACAUUUUAUUUAACUUCAUUGAUUCUUGGUAUUGGUCUUGCUAUAUCUUAUAAUGGUAUUGAUACACUUUAUAAUCGUCUAUGGAAUCGAUCAACAUUAGCAUCUGUAAGGUGGUUACAUCUAUUAGUAGCUGUUGGUGCUAUUCUUUCAACAUUGAUGCUUUUUCCAUCGGCUAUUUCAAAUCAAAAUCAAAAUCAGAAUUUAUUAACAACAAAUCUUACACCAGUCCACCGACCACCUCGUCAAGCUAUCGACGAAGUAGCGAAUCGUCUCUCAGCAAUGUCAAUGCAAGACAAUAAUGAUGAUGAUGAUGAUGAAAUUUCAAAUAAUAUACCCAAUAUAUUAAAUUCAACUAAUAUUAUAAAUACAACUAGCGAAUCUCCACCGACAACAACAAGUACAACAGAAAAAGUCGUACACAAACCAUCCGUCGUUGAUUCAGACCAAUUAAAACAAUCAAUAAUAGUAAAACCAUCUGAAAAUAAACAAUCAGAUACGAAAUCAUCAUGUAUAAAAUCAUUAUGUUGUUAUCAUCGUAAUGAUACAAAUCAAAAUGAAACAUUAAUUAAAAAUACAUUUACUUGUAAAGAAAAAGAUGAUAAUAAAUUAAAUGAUUGUAAAGAUAUUUUAUCAACAUGUUUAACCUCAACGUCAAACAUUUGCUUACCGGAUAAAACGAAUAUUCGAUGUCGUAUAGAUCAAAUUUGUGCAAAUGAUAAAACACCAAAUUGUACAAUACAAUCAAUUGAGACUGCUAUUAAUAUAAGCAGUACUACAACAGUAAUAACUACUAUUCCAACAACUAUCAUCACCAAUACCACAGCAACAACAACUUUACCUACAACAAGUACGACUACCUUGCCAUCUACUAGUCCAAGUACUACGACGGUCACAACUACAACUACAACUACAACAACAACAACGUCUACGACAACAUCAACAAGUACAACAACAACAACAACAACUACUUAUCAUAAGAAACCGUCAAUGGCUGAAUCCGAGACUGAUGAUCUCGAUGAAAAUUUAUUCUAUAAAAAAAUUCGUUCAUUUUCUCAAUCAUUAACAUUAAUUCAUUUUAUUUAUUUAUUUCUUGCAUUUACAUUUUUCCUCUUGGGAAUAUUCUAUUCAACAUUAGCAAUGCGUGGUGAGGGUAUAAAUACACCAUCUUCUAAACCAACUUAUUUAAAUCCUUUAACAUUAUUAUUUGGUAAUUCUCACCGGACAACAAAUAAUUCUAAUACUCAAAUAUCUUUAUUAUCAGAUCGAUCUUCACUUAAAUUUGUUUUUCUUCUUUUAUUAUUUUAUUUUCUCUUGGCUGGUAUUGAAUAUUCAUGUAUUUAUUUAACAUAUUCAUUUGGUAUGAAAUUAAAUUUUUCUGAACAUCAAAGUUUAAUUAUUCAAUUUUUAUUCUUUCUUGGCCUUUUAUUGGGUCGAUUAAUUGAUAUAUUUAUGGAUUAUGGUUGUUUUCUUUUCAAUACACGUAUUACAAAUCGAACAAAAAAACAAUCAGAUAAAUUUCAUUUGAUUUCAAUAAAAUUUUGUAUACUUAUACGUUUAAUGUUAUUAUUUAUUUUAUGUUCAACAUUAAGUUUUUCACAUUUAUUUCAAGAAAAUUCAUCACCAGCAGCAGCAAAUUCAUCAAUACCAUCAAUACAAAUGUUUUAUUUUAUAUUUUUUUUUAUUGGUGUAUUAAUUGCAUCAAUUCCAACAUUAAUCUUAGUUUGGAUUGAACGUGAUUUAAGUUUAAAUGAUUCACUUAUUCAAAUGAUAUUUAUAACAAUAACAAUAAGUGAAAUGAUAUUUCCAUCAUUUUUAUUUUAUAUUAUAAAACAUGUUGUAUUAUCCUAUUUAUUUUAUUUAUUUCUUGGUUCAUGUUUAUUACUUAUAUUAUUUAUAUUUAUUUUAUAUAUAAGUAAAAAAUGGCAAAGAAAAAAAUUAUAUCGAAUAUUACCAACAUCAAUGGAAAUGGAUGAUAUUAAUAUAGAAAAUCAUUCGGAUGAUGAUGAUGAUGGUGGUGGUGAAGAUCAUCAUUUUUUAAGAAAUGAACGAAUUAAUAUAAAUGAAUCAAAAUUAACAUUAGAUAAUGAAAGAGCAAAAGGUUUAAAAGGACAUUGA